AUGGCUCAGAUAGCAACAGGGGUACAAAUACCUGAAGACUGUGUACAAAGGAUCAUCAAGGUGGGAAAGAGGAGUCUACCAUAUGUUCUGACCAGAGUAAUGGAGAUAGACUAUCCAACUCUUCCUUCAAAGAAAAGAAUAAGAGCCAUGGCUUUGAAUAUGUGGAACGGAGAUUUGGUCCGAAAAAGUAAGGAUGAAUUACUUUUGAGAUGCUUAGGAAAAGAAGAGUACAUGAAGGAAUCUGUGGAGCUCAUCAAGGUAGAAGAAAGAUGUGUUGGCUAA